AAGAAAAACACGAAAGCAUUUUAUUAUUUUUUGUUCAUCAUCGUCGUGCUUACAUAAUCAUUACCUUUCAUCUUCUUCUGCUUCGCCUUCACGCAGCUCCAAUCUCACACCACCUGCAUUUCUCUCUUUCACGAUUCUUUUGAUUUCGCAUUCGUCUUUUGCGUUGGGUCAGAUCGACUAAGAGGUAACCAUUGUGAGAGGUGUAGGUAGAAGAAGAGAGGUUUUGAGGAGAAUCGUGAAGUAGUCAAAAGAAACGAUGUCGUUUACGGGAACUCAGCAGAAAUGCACUGAGCAACUAUUCAUCAAUGGAAGGAGUGGUGUACUGUAGGCCUCAUUUUGAGCAGCUCUUCAAGGAGUCUGGUAGUUUCAGCAAGAACUUUCAGUCACCUGCAAAGCCAUUGUCUGAUAAGCCAACCCCUGAGCUGACAAGAACACCUAGUAGAGUUGCUGGAUUGUUCUCUGGAACUCAAGACAAAUGCGCUACUUGCAGUAAAACCGUGUAUCCUAUCGAAAAGGUAACUGUGGAGAGUCAGUGUUACCAUAAAUCUUGCUUCAAGUGUUCUCAUGGAGGCUGUCCGAUUUCUCCAUCAAACUACGCAGCACUCGAAGGAAUUUUGUACUGCAAGCACCAUUUCGCUCAGCUUUUCAAGGAGAAAGGAAGUUACAAUCACCUUAUCAAAUCUGCUUCCAUCAAACGUGCUACUGCUGCUGCUGCUACCGCAGCUGCUGCAGCUGUAGCAGCCGUUCCCGAAUCUUGAAAUUCCCAAAUUUUAUGUUAAACAGAUUCAGUUUAUUUGUAUUUUGUAUCUGUAAUGUGUUUUCUUAUUACCUGUAUUCACUUCUUCAUGAACCAGGCAUAACAUUCUCCGAGGUCUCUCUUGAGGUUUUUUUCCUUGUUGUGAUU